GGUCUAUGGGCUUUAUCAGAUUGACGCAUUUAUGACUCAAUGGGUCAAGAAGCUCCGGAUUACAGGGUUGCGUCGGAGCAAGUGGGAGGUGACUGGGAUUCCAAAUUUAGCAGGCGGACACUGGCGGAAGGGGUGGGGCCUCAGCAGCGGAAGGGGCGUGAUAUCUCCAUCGGAGCAGGAAGUUUGUAGCUGUGGCCACCGCCUCCGCCUCUAUCCAGGCCGCCGAGGCUGGGGGUUAGUUCCCCCUGCCGCAGACCACUCUUUCGCUGCUUUCCACUGGGCCGCUGCGACGCGGCUGUUCCAGCCGCCAUGCAUGACGCUUUCGAGCCUGUGCCGAUCCUGGAGAAGCUGCCGCUGCAGAUCGACUGUCUGGCGGCCUGGGAGGAAUGGCUUCUUGUGGGAACCAAGCAAGGUCAUCUCCUUCUCUAUAGAAUUCGGAAGGAUAUUGUACCAACAGAUGUGGCAUCCCUGGAAAGUGGCAGUUGCAACAGAUUCGAAGUGACUCUAGAAAAAUCCAACAAGAACUUCUCCAAAAAGAUUCAACAGAUCCACGUGGUUUCCCAGUUUAAAAUUCUGGUCAGUUUGUUAGAAAAUAAUAUUUAUGUUCAUGACCUAUUGACAUUUCAACAAAUUACUACUGUUUCAAAAGCAAAAGGGGCAUCUCUGUUUACCUGUGACCUCCAGCACACUGAAACAGGGGAGGAGGUGCUUCGGAUGUGUGUGGCUGUGAAGAAGAAACUCCAGCUCUAUUUCUGGAAGGACAGAGAGUUUCAUGAAUUGCAGGGGGACUUUAGUGUACCAGAUGUACCCAAGUCCAUGGCAUGGUGUAAAAAUUCCAUUUGCGUGGGGUUCAAGAGAGACUACUAUCUAAUAAGGGUGGAUGGAAAAGGGUCCACCAAAGAGCUCUUUCCAACAGGGAAACAACUGGAGCCCUUGGUGGCACCUCUGGCAGAUGGAAAAGUAGCUGUUGGUCAAGAUGAUCUCACUGUGGUGCUGAAUGAAGAGGGCAACUGUACACAGAAGUGUGCCCUGAAUUGGACAGAUAUACCAAUUUCCAUGGAGCAUCAGCCUCCAUAUAUCAUUGCGGUGUUGCCUCGGUAUGUGGAGAUCCGGACAUUUGAGCCUCGGCUGCUGGUGCAGAGCAUUGAGUUACAGAGACCCCGCUUCAUUACCUCAGGAGGUUCCGACAUUGUCUACGUGGCCAGCAACCAUUUCGUCUGGCGGCUCAUCCCUGUCUCUAUAGCGACCCAAAUCCAGCAGCUUCUUCAGGACAAGCAGUUUGAACUGGCCCUGCAGCUGGCGGAAAUGAAAGAUGAUUCUGACAGUGAGAAGCGACAACAGAUCCAUCACAUUAAGAACCUGUUUGCUUUUAACCUCUUCUGUCAGAAACGUUUCGAUGAGUCCAUGCAAGUCUUUGCAAAACUUGGCACAGAUCCUACCCACGUGAUGGGUUUGUAUCCUGAUCUGCUACCCACUGAAUACAGGAAGCAGCUACAGUAUCCCAACCCGUUACCAGUGCUCUCUGGGGCUGAACUGGAGAAGGCUCAUUUGGCUCUAAUUGAUUAUCUGACUCAGAAAAGAAACCAGCUGGUGAAGAAGCUCAAUGACUCUGACCAUCAAUCGAGCACCUCCCCCCUAAUGGAGGGUACCCCCACAAUCAAGUCCAAAAAAAAGCUUCUGCAGAUCAUAGACACCACCCUGCUCAAGUGCUACCUCCAGACAAACGUGGCCUUGGUGGCUCCUUUGCUGCGUCUGGAGAACAAUCAUUGCCACAUUGAAGAAAGUGAACAUGUGUUGAAGAAGGCUCAUAAGUACAGUGAGCUGAUCAUCCUCUAUGAGAAGAAGGGGCUUCAUGAGAAAGCUUUGCAGGUGCUAGUGGACCAGUCUAAGAAAGCCAACUCCCCCCUGAAAGGCCAUGAGAGGACAGUGCAAUAUCUUCAGCAUCUUGGCACAGAGAACUUGCAUUUGGUGUUUUCCUAUUCUAUUUGGGUGCUGAGGGACUUCCCAGAAGAUGGGCUAAAAAUAUUUACUGAAGAUCUCCCUGAAGUGGAGGCUCUACCACGAGACCGUGUGCUAAACUUCUUAAUAGAAAACUUUAAGGGCUUGGCUAUUCCCUAUUUGGAACACAUUAUCCAUAUCUGGGAAGAGACAGGUUCUGAGUUCCACAACUGCCUUAUCCGGCUGUACUGUGAGAAGGUCCAAGGACUGAUGAAGGAAUACCUCAGCUCUUUCCCUACAGAUAAGACUCCAGUUCCUGCUGGUAAUGAGGAGGGGGAGCUGGGAGAAUACCGGCAGAAGCUUCUAAUGUUCUUGGAAAUCUCCAGCUGCUAUGACCCAAGCCAGCUCAUCUGUGACUUCCCUUUUGAUGGUCUCCUAGAGGAAAGAGCUCUCCUUUUGGGGCGAAUGGGGAAACAUGAACAAGCCCUCUUCAUUUAUGUCCACAUUCUGAAGGAUACAAGGAUGGCUGAAGAAUACUGUCAUAAACACUAUGAUCGAAACAAAGAUGGCAACAAAGAUGUAUAUCUUUCUCUGCUUCGAAUGUAUCUGUCCCCACCAAGUGUUCACUGCUUGGGACCAAUCAAGAUGGAAUUGCUGGAGCCCCAAGCUAAUCUCCAGGCUGCCCUGCAGGUUCUGGAAUUACAUCACAGCAAACUAGACACUACCAAGGCCAUCAAUCUUCUUCCAGCAAACACUCAAAUUAAUGAGAUACGCAUCUUUCUGGAAAAGGUCCUGGAAGAAAAUGCACAAAAGAAACGUUUCAAUCAAGUCCUCAAAAAUCUUCUUCAGGCAGAGUUCUUAAGGGUCCAGGAGGAACGCAUUUUCCACCAGCAAGUAAAGUGUAUCAUCACAGAGGAGAAGUUGUGCAUGGUGUGUAAGAAGAAGAUAGGGAACAGCGCAUUUGCCAGGUACCCUAAUGGAGUGGUUGUACACUACUUCUGUUCCAAAGAGGUCAACCCGACUGACACCUGAAUUGGAGCCGCACGUAAGGUCGGUGGACUAUGAUUUCUACAUUUCCCAGAAGAGUGAAAGGAGUGGAAGCUCCUUAGGAAAUGAAGAUACCUCCAGGAGGAGUCUUCUCAUUUGGACACUACUUGGAACUUUACAGCCUGGAGCAGCAUCUCUGGACUAACUCUACUCACAACCCCUACAAUGUUGGCUUUUUAAGAGGAAAAAAAUGACUCAUAUGGUUAAGUUGCUGGCAACUUCACAAAAUCUCUUUGAUACUUAGGAUGUGAGGUAGAUGCAUCUUCUAGUGUUUGCAUUGCUAUGCACUAAGAAAACUUGUUUUCAGCAUUUGUAACUAAAGGGGAAUUUUUCCAUUAAGAACCUUUUUUGUAAAGGUAAAUGCAUGUCUUCACAAAGACUUGGAGGCCAGACUAACUGGAAAGUCCAAUAAGAGAAAAUUCUCAAGAGCUGCACCAUUUUCGUAGGCAGAACAGCUAGCUUUCUAUUUAAGAAUGUUUGUUUGUUUUCUCUCUGUCUAGUAUUGGUCCUAGACACUCCCAAGACAUUUCUCUCUCUCUCCCCUUUAUUUUUCUCUCACUUGCAUUUGAUUAUUUUUUUCUCAUGUUUUCCCCAUAAUUCCUGAGGUCAGGAAUGACUAGUAUUUGGCAGCGUUAUGUUUGACUUGCAAAGUGUUAAUUCUCCAGAAUUUUUGUAUCAGCUCUGCAAGUGUUAGGGGAUGUGGGUGGAAGAUGUAAAUAUGUCCUAUUUGCAUUGCACAAUCAAUCACUCCCCCCUUCAAGAAGGGGAGAACAGGAGGGCAUCAUUACUUUCCUAGAAAAGGCAUCCUACACCCACCCUCUGUCCAAUGGAGAAUGUAGGUACUGCUGAAUUGUGACAUCAUAAAGACUGCAUGAGCAUCUGAGCUCUUGGUGUGAGAUCAUAUUCACAGACCCCUGCAGUGUUGGCUACUUCUAACUCAUUCACCAGUAGCAAAGUUUAAAUUAGUUUAAUAUUUGUAGAUGAUGCUAGACCUUAUUUCAGACACCUCCCUGCUAUUGGCUAGUACCUGAUUGCAUGCCGUGCAGAAUAAGCCUGAUUCUCAGUCUGCUGAUUUAUUUGAGGGAGCAGGUGAAUUGGAUUGUAAUUUUGUUGGUGUUUGGGUCUCUGAGACAUUUAAAGAAAUGAUCCAGUUGAAAGCUAUAGUAUAGAGAUCUCAAGUACAUUUGUGAUCAUAUUUAGGGAGGGAGGGAAGAAAAAAGGCAGUAGCAGCAAAUGUGCUUUUAAAGUACAUCCUUCCCUUUCUCUCUUCCCACCCCCUCUCCCUCUCUUCUUCCCCAAGGUUCUCUGAAGCACUCUCUAGGUUGUACUCUUGAUAUCCACUGGAUUUUUUGUGGUUCCAUAGAGUAGAAUUUGCAGCACCCCUCAUUUUAAAAAAUUAGGACCUACUAUCUCUUCAGUCCCAAUAGACAGUCCAAGGACAUGAAGGACAAGAAAUCCUUUAUCCUGACCUUAAUGGAGAUGCUGUACACUUGAUCACUUCAGUUUUGUCUCCUUGAUACCUUUAGUGGGUCCUUGGAAGUAGGACUGGUAGUGGAUCCCUUCCUCCUCAUUGGCCAUAGUGGCCAACUCCAUUUCCUUUUCUGAUAUAGUGACCUGACAUUAUUUUCACGUGGCGAUUUGGCAUCUUUUCUCUUGUGCUGUUAGCAUUACCUUCAGGUUGGUGGGGUUUUAUAAACUCUUGCUGAGGGGAACUAGUAGUGGACUAAAGGGAUCCCAGUCCUCCACAAGAACCUUAGUAUGCUAUCUGAAGAUAUAUUAGACUCCAACUCAGCUAUAAUAUUUCGGCUAACUUGAAAGCGGUCAUGGAGCUGUUUGGGAAUAGGUCAGUGAGAAUGAGGAGUCUCUUGGGAGAGCCCUGAACCAAGUAAUGAGGAAGAGACAGGACCAGUUACCAGUUUGUCCACAUGCACGUAACAGUGCAGAAGAGUCCUGGGACCCAGCUACCAAGAAGGUAGUUUUAUGUUGGGUGAAGGGCUUUUCCUCAAAUUUCCUGAUGAAGCCUUCCUAGAGGUAUAACUCAUGCUGCACUAGCCCAAUACCUUCUGUCUCUGGUUUUUUUUUUACUGUGAGCCAGAUUUGUUCAAAGCAAUAGAAUAAAGAUUAUGUGUGGUCCUACAUGUAACAAGCUGCUGCUUUGUCAACUCCAUCCCUCUUCUUUUACCUCUUUGGGCCACAGCCCUAUCUAGCAGCUACAUUUGACAGAAGUCUAUUCAGUACAAGGUUUGGCUUGCCAUAUUUAAUCUUAGUUGUAUGUGAAAUUGUCACAACUACUAAGUGAAGUGUGGGAAAUCACAGCUUGAUAGGGUGAGCUGGUGAUGACGAUCUCUUGUUCCCUUCAAUAAUGGUAAUAAUAAUAAAAUUUAAUGAACCUUUCUA